CUCGCUGCACUCGCCUCUCCUCUGCCUCUCGAGUCUCGUCCUUUGAUCCGUUCCCGCGCGGCAAGAUUCGAUUUUGAUGCCGGAAACCGGAGCUCGCUGCGGAAUCGAAUCGAUCGGUGCCCCCAGUUCGCGCUUCUGUUGCCGGUUUGGUGGAUAGGUUUGAGGGAUAAAACCCCGUAGGACCGAUCCUUGUCUGCUGAUCCCGAUGAAGGUUUUGUGCAGAAAUCUGGAGCAGGAUCGCGAGCGGGCGAUGAUUUCUUCGUGGCCGUUUGUCAUUUGUUUGGUUCUGUUGGUGUCGAUGCCGGUGGUGUUCGUUCUGGCCCACCGGAUUCUGAUGCCGACGACGCUGCCGGGCAUCCCCGAUAUGGACGAGGCCGACGACGUCGCACUGUUCCGCCGCGCCACCCUUGCCUCCGCCGGGGGUGGUGGGAGCGCCGGGUUACGCCGCAGACCGCCGUCGGCGCCCAAGAUCGCGUUUCUGUUCCUCACCAACUCCGACCUCACGUUCGCGCCGCUGUGGGAGCGGUUCUUCCGUGGCCACGAGCGGCUGUUCAACGUCUACGUGCACGCCGACCCUGCCGCCCGCCUCCUCCUCUCGCCGACGCCGUCGUUCCUCGGCCGCUUCAUCCCGGCAAAGGCCACGAAGCGCGCCUCGCCGACCCUCAUCUCGGCCGCGCGGCGCCUGCUCGCGGCCGCUCUCGUCGACGACCCAGCGAACGCUUUCUUCGCUCUCCUAUCCCAGCACUGCGUUCCCCUCCACUCCUUCCGGUUUACCUAUCGCGCCCUCCUCGCUGAUCCCGGCGCGCCUCCCACUCCCACCGGCUUUCGGCGUCAUCGCCGAAGCUACAUCGAGAUCCUCUCCGGCGAGCCGGGGCUGCGGGACCGGUACGUGGCCCGCGGUGAUGACGUGAUGAUUCACGAGGUACCGUUCGAGCAGUUCCGCGUCGGGUCGCAAUUCUUCGUCCUCGCCAGGCGGCACGCCGUGCUGGUGGUGCGCGACCGCCGCCUCUGGAAGAAGUUCAAGAUGCCUUGCUUGAAGUCGAUGGCGGAUUCCUGCUACCCCGAGGAGCACUACUUCCCAACGCUCCUCGAGAUGCAGGACCCCCAAGGAUGCACUCGUUACACUCUGACAAGAGUGAAUUGGACGGACAGCGUCGGCGGGCACCCGCACACGUAUCGGCCGCCUGAGAUCUCUGCAAGUCUUAUCAACCGACUACGGAGGUCCAAUUCGACUUACUCAUACCUCUUCGCUCGCAAGUUCUCGCCGGAUUGCCUCGAUCCAUUGCUCAAGCUCGCCGACAGCGUGAUCUUCCAAGACUAGCAUUAAGCUCGUCUUGCUUGAACAUUUGAGCUUUAGAAUUUGGCUUCAGGGCGAAGGAAUUGAGGCAUUGAUGAGAGUGACCGGCAAAAGAUGGGAGCUGAUCCAUCUCUUCCUCUGCAUUCCUAAGCACAAUCUACUGUAUGUAUCAAGUCACUCUUUUCUUCAAAGAAGAAAUAAAAGAGACUGUGAAGUGAUAUAGGAUCAUUAGACCUCAGCAUCACUCAUCUGUAUGUAUGUAUGUAUGUACACAAUGGUCAAUAAAAACUGUAAAUUUAUGAGCAUCA